GGCUGCGUUCUCCGCCUAGUUGGCAGGUCGCCUCCGGGUGCGCGGAACAACUCCUCGCUCGCGCCUUCCGCGCUUCUCGCUCCCUUGAGCCCGCCGGGGGCACGGGCCGGCGCCCUCGCUGUGUGGCUGCAGGCUCCGGCCUGGCCGUGGGAUGUUAGCGGUGGGGGCGAUGGAGGGCACCCGGCAGAGCGCGUUCUUGCUCAGCAGCCCGCCCCUGGCCGCCCUGCACAGCAUGGCCGAAAUGAAGACCCCGCUGUACCCUGCGGCGUACCCCCCGCUUCCCGCCGGUCCUCCCUCUUCCUCGUCCUCCUCGUCCUCCUCGUCGUCGCCCUCCCCGCCUUUGGGCGCCCACAACUCAGGCAGCCUGAAGCCCCCGGCCGCAGGGGGGCUCUCGUCCCUGGGCAGCCCCCCGCAGCAGCUCUCGGCCGCCACCCCACACGGCAUCAACGACAUCCUGAGCCGGCCCUCCAUGCCUGUGGCCUCAGGGGCCGCCCUGCCCUCCGCCUCGCCCUCGGGUUCCUCCUCCUCCUCUUCCUCGUCCACCUCCGCUUCCUCGGCUUCGGCCGCAGCUGCCGCGGCCGCAGCCGCCGCAGCCGCUGCCUCCUCCCCAGCGGGGCUGCUGGCCGGCCUGCCCCGCUUCAGCAGCCUGAGCCCGCCGCCGCCGCCGCCCGGGCUCUACUUCAGUCCCAGUGCCGCAGCUGUGGCCGCUGUAGGUCGGUACCCCAAGCCACUAGCCGAGCUGCCCGGCCGGACACCCAUCUUCUGGCCAGGAGUGAUGCAGAGCCCGCCCUGGAGGGACGCACGCCUGGCCUGCACGCCUCAUCAAGGAUCCAUUUUGUUGGACAAAGACGGGAAGAGAAAACACACGAGACCCACGUUCUCGGGCCAGCAAAUCUUCGCCCUGGAGAAGACUUUCGAACAAACGAAAUACUUGGCUGGGCCGGAGAGAGCUCGCUUGGCCUAUUCUUUGGGGAUGACGGAGAGCCAGGUCAAGGUCUGGUUCCAGAACCGUCGGACCAAGUGGAGGAAGAAGCAUGCGGCGGAGAUGGCCACAGCCAAGAAGAAGCAAGACUCCGAGACCGAGCGGCUCAAGGGGGCGUCGGAGAACGAGGAGGAGGACGACGACUACAACAAGCCCCUGGACCCCAACUCGGACGACGAGAAAAUCACGCAGCUGCUGAAGAAGCACAAGUCCGGCAGCGGCGGCGGCCUCCUGCUGCAUGCGUCCGAGACCGAGGGCUCGUCCUGAGCGCCCGCCGCCGGGCCACCGCCUCCGCCGCCCUGGCCGUGGGGCCGCGCACGCCCUGCCUCCCAACCCCCGCGGGGGCCCUUUGCUAUUUUCUGAGAUGUACAUAUCUAUUUUUUUAACCUAGAAGUUGAGGAGGGCGAGGGAGAGAGACUCGGGGUUGAUAAGAAGGCAGAAAACCUGACGCAAUUCACUACUUAAAGAACGCCACCGAAACUCGCAGCUGGGACAACCCUCCCAGCCACGUUCGGCCCCUAGUCCCGUUCCCCCGGGACGGAGAGACCUCAGCGCCCGGCCCCCUUGCGCGUCCUGGCUCCGGCGCACGGCGGGGGCGGAGGCGCAAGGACCGGUUCUCCAAGGAUCUACACCCACCGCGCGGGGGACCUCGGAGCCACGCGGGCGGGCGGCCGCCACAGAUGGGAAGAGGGACGUUUCUCCUCCCACAAACUGCUGUGCGGACUAACGUAACCUGUUGAAGGCCCUUUGUAAAUAAAUCGUGAGUCACACUGACUAGAAGUUACUUUAUUGUGAAUAUUUAAAAUGUAAACUGCUUUUUUGAAUUUGGUAGAAAAAGAUGGACCCCCUUCUCCCACCCUACCCCUUUUAAGAGCUACUCAAACCACACGUCCGUCUUUUAUUUUGAACUUAAUUUGAGAAGCAUUGAAACGAAUGUUCUCAGCCUCCCUCUCCUCGCUCCUCUGCCCGGUUUGGGUUUGUUGGAUCUCACUUUCCCCCUCUUCCCUUCCCGCUCUUCCCCACCAACCCCUGGCUCCGCGCCUGCCUCCAGCCUCCAGGACUUGAAGUAGAAGACAUGGAACCAGGGAAGGCCUCAGACUGGCCUCUCCGGUCCUCUCUGAAAUUGCACAGUCGUUUGUUGCUAUUUAUUAGUGAUUUAAAGAAAGUGUUGGGGAGGGAGGGGCUACAAUAGCUUGUAUUUAAUUUAACUCCUUUCUGAUAAAAAUUCGUGUUAAAGUAGAUGGUGGGAAUUGUUACAACUGCUCUGGGUCAGAAACAUAAAAAUCCAUUUAGUUGCUGUAACUGAAUUUGAAGUGUUUUGUAUCAUAAGAAUACUAUGGACUAUGUAAAUUGUUUUCUUUUUUAAGCUGAUAACGGUGAUAUAUUAGCAUCUUUAACCUUUAUUAAUUUAUAUAAGGAAUUCAGUUUGUAAAGAGAAAAAAAAAACCCUUUGCAAGACCAGUAAAAUGUAAUGCACUUUCUGUUUCAAAGGAUAAAUCAAAUUAAAAACAGUUUGAAGA